CGACGUCAUUACCAAGAAUCUCUCUGCAAGCAUAAAAAAGCGACCAGGAUCAUGAAGUGAAUCGUCUAGUACAGUCGCGUAAACUUAAUCUAUUGGAAGAAUGGAGCAAGCACAUGGAUUCAUAUUAUAAGGCAACAAUGCUAAGACGCCCUUCACAAGUGGGAUGUUGAGAGAUGAUCAUCAAACCAGCCUCCGAGUAUUGGUUGUGCCUAUGUGGUUUUCUGUUCUUUGCAGCGAACUGCACACGUUUGCCAAAGAAGCCGAAUUUUGUCCUUGUUGUUGCUGAUGACCUGGGCUGGGAUGAUGUCGGCUUUCAUGGAUCUCCAGAGGUCAAAACGCCAAACAUUGACAAGAUUGCUGCAGAAGGGGUGAUAUUAAACGAUUAUUAUGUUCAACCAAUUUGCACCCCGACCAGAAGUGCACUUUUGACUGGCCGAUAUCCAAUUCGAAACGGUAUGCAGUCUAGUGUUAUUAUGACGUCACAGCCUUGGGGACUGGGUUUAGAGGAGAAACUUUUGCCACAGCAGUUAAAGGAGCUUGGUUACAAAACACAUCUGGUUGGCAAAUGGCAUCUCGGAUUCUUCUCAGAGCCCUACCUGCCGCUAAAGAGAGGCUUCGAUUCCCAUUUUGGAUGCUACGCUGGAAGAGGAGACUUCUGGGAUCAUUCAAGCGAGGCUGGAACGUUUGUUGGAUUAGAUCUGCGUGAUGGUGAAAAGCCAGUUUUUAAUGAGUGGGGCAACUAUACAACGGAAAUGUUCACUGAUGUCGCCAUAGGCCGAAUUAUGGAUCAUGAUGCCAGCAGCCCUUUGUUUCUGAUUGUCUCUCACUUGGCCGUACACAGUGCUAAUUCAAAGGCACCUUUACAAGCCCCUGAUGAAGAGCAACGACUAUUUGAAGAUGUCAAACACCCUGGUAGAAAAAAGUAUUUAGCAAUGGUCUCUUCACUCGACAAAUCAGUUGGCAGGAUUUACGAUUCUUUGAAGGAUGCUGGUAUUCUUGACAACACUAUAUUCAUUUUUACAACGGACAAUGGUGGAGCUUCAAACGGCUUUGAUUCAAACUUUGGAAGCAAUUACCCUUUCCGUGGAAUGAAGACUUCACUCUUUGAAGGUGGUAUUCGGGCAGCUGCAUUUGUCAGUAGUCCAUUGAUUAAGAAAAAUAAGCGCGUAUCCAAGGAGCUACUCCAUGUAACGGACUGGUAUGCUACCAUUUUAUCUCUUGCUGGUGCCAAGCCUGAUGAGAAUACAGACGGAAAAAAUAUAUGGAAUCAUUUGUCUUUGAAUUCAAAACCGCCUAGAAAGGAGCUUCUGUUGAACAUAGAUGACAUGGUUUAUAGAAACUCAGCUCUGAGAGAUGGAAAAUGGAAAAUUCUUUUUCAAGAGCCUGACGAGUGGACUGACUGGUUCAACCCACCGGAUUAUGAACGGGACCAGUACGACAAGCUUAGCAGAAAUUCGGACUUAAAAGCUUCAUCAGUGCAGUGCGGAGAGAAACCAGCCGAAGCUCCCGAUUGUACAAAUGGCUGUCUUUUUAACGUUAGGAAAGAUCCGUGCGAGUACAACGAUCUUUCCGAGUCAAAAAGUGAAGUUUUUGGAGCACUGAAGGAGAAAUUAGAACAGUACCGGAAGGAAAUGGUUGAACCGAGAUACAAGCACGACGAGGAUCCGAAUGCGAAUCCUAGAAACCAUGGCGGUAUUUGGACUCCUUGGAUUGAACCAGAGGGACAUCCAGUCGAACACAAACCUUUAUCGCCCGAUGAAAAACUCCCCGGCCAACCCGAGAAACAAUCACAGGAUGCGAAUAAAGAUGCAAACACACCAACACCUACCCCUGCGCAAGCAUCCGAAGGAGCUCCUUCGCAGCAAGCAAUGAUACAGCAGCAGCAGCCCCAUCAACCUAUUGCACCGCAAAUGAUGCCAACUGCAAGAAAAUCAAAUUCUCGUCUAGAGGCAGACAAGAAACCGCUGUACACCGAUGAUGAGGAAACAGGCGAAUUUUCUGUGACACCCAAUCAGGAGGACGACAUGUACGAAAACCCAGUGAGGUGGUUUUCUAUUUUGAAUGAGGAACCCUUAGCUAAGGACAUGGACUAUUUGAUGUAUGAUAACAAUGACAUCGGCGAUAAAUAUAAUGAUAUUGACACAGAUUUUAGGUAGAAAACUCUAGGAAGAAAAUUAGGUUUUAGAGGUUUGUGGAUCCAUCUACAUUUGACAUGUCGCUGAUCAGGGCCAAAGCUAAAGAAAAUUGUGACAAGAUAGUAAAUCAUAGAAUGGUACAAUUGUUUUUCGCUAUUUAAAAUUUUCGAAAUUUAAAAGAUAGUUGCU